ACGCAAGCGCUGUGCGCCGACAGGAUGGCCGAGCCAUGGCUACGGGCACAGGCUACGUGCGGCUGUGGGGAGCUGCGCGAUGCUGGGCGUUGCGGCGGCCGGUGUUGGCUGUCGCCGGGGGGCGGGUCCCGACGGCGGCCGGAGCGUGGCUGUCCAGAGGCCGGCGGACCUGCGACACAUGUCCUCCGUGGGCGCUGUGGGGCCGUGGCCCCGCGGCUGCGGGCCAGUGGCGUGGGCUUUGGGAAGCGAACAACCGCAGCGGCGGCGGCUCAUUCUCGGGCGGCGAGGAUGCUUCCGAGGGCGGCGCGGAGGAUGGUGCCGCGGGCGCGGGGGGCAGCUCGGGCGGCGGGGAAAGCCCGGUCAUAACGGCACUGACGCCCAUGACCAUCCCCGACGUCUUCCCGCACUUGCCGCUCAUCGCCGUCACCCGCAACCCGGUGUUCCCGCGCUUUAUCAAGAUUAUCGAGGUUAAAAAUAAGAAGUUGGUUGAGCUGCUAAGAAGGAAAGUCCGUCUCGCCCAGCCAUAUGCCGGCGUCUUUCUAAAGAGAGAUGACACCAAUGAGUCCGACGUGGUCGAGAGCCUGGACGAGGUCUACCACACGGGGACGUUUGUGCAGAUCCACGAGAUGCAGGACCUCGGGGACAAGCUGCGCAUGAUUGUCAUGGGACACAGAAGGCAAGAGGCUGCUCCUCUGUGUCCUGGAAGAGUGUGGCCAGAGGGGACAGGGUGUGAAUUAAUUGAACAUUGGUGGCUCCUGACUUCUCUGCUAAUUAUGAGGAUCCACAUCAGCAGGCAGCUGGAGGUGGAGCCAGAGGAGGCUGAGGCCGAGAAUAAGCAGAAGCCCCGCCGGAAGCCGAAGCGGAGCAAGAAGGAGGCUGAGGAGGACCUGGGCGCCAGGCGCCAGAUGGAGAUGGUGGUGGAGCCCAACUCGGGCGCCCCCGGCGAGGUGCUCAUGGUGGAGGUUGAGAACGUGGUCCACGAGGACUUCCAGGUCACGGAAGAAGUGAAAGCCUUGACUGCCGAGAUUGUGAAGACCAUCCGGGACAUCAUCGCCUUGAACCCGCUCUACAGAGAGUCUGUGCUGCAGAUGAUGCAGGCGGGCCAGAGGGUGGUGGACAACCCCAUCUACCUCAGUGACAUGGGCGCUGCGCUGACCGGAGCCGAGUCCCACGAGCUUCAGGACGUCCUGGAGGAGACCAGUAUUCCCAAGAGGCUGUAUAAGGCCCUCUCCCUCCUCAAGAAGGAGUUCGAACUGAGCAAGCUGCAGCAGCGCCUGGGGCGCGAGGUGGAGGAGAAGAUCAAGCAGACGCACCGCAAGUACCUCCUGCAGGAGCAGCUGAAGAUCAUCAAGAAGGAGCUGGGCCUGGAGAAGGAGGACAAGGACGCCAUUGAGGAGAAGUUCCGCGAGCGGCUGAAGGAGCUUGUGGUCCCCAAGCACGUCAUGGACGUUGUGGACGAGGAGCUGAGCAAGCUGAGCCUGCUGGACAACCACUCCUCCGAGUUCAAUGUCACCCGCAAUUAUCUGGACUGGCUGACGUCCAUCCCUUGGGGCAAGUACAGCAAUGAGAACCUGGACCUGGCCCGGGCGCAGGCAGUCCUGGAGGAGGACCACUACGGGAUGGAGGAUGUCAAGAAGCGCAUCCUGGAGUUCAUCGCUGUCAGCCAGCUCCGAGGCUCAACCCAGGGCAAGAUCCUGUGCUUCUACGGCCCCCCGGGCGUGGGCAAAACCAGCAUCGCCCGCUCCAUCGCCCGCGCCCUGAACCGCGAGUACUUCCGCUUCAGCGUGGGCGGCAUGGCCGAUGUGGCCGAGAUCAAGGGGCACAGGCGGACAUACGUGGGCGCCAUGCCUGGGAAGAUCAUCCAGUGCCUGAAGAAGACCAAGACGGAGAACCCCCUGAUCCUGAUAGAUGAGGUGGACAAGAUUGGCCGGGGUUUCCAGGGGGACCCCUCGUCGGCACUGCUUGAGCUGCUGGACCCCGAGCAGAACGCCAACUUCCUGGACCACUACCUGGACGUGCCCGUGGACUUGUCUAAGGUGCUGUUCAUCUGCACGGCCAACGUCACCGAGACCAUCCCGGAGCCACUCAGGGACCGCAUGGAGAUGAUCAACGUGUCGGGCUACGUGGCCCAGGAGAAGCUCGCCAUUGCAGAGCGAUACCUGGUGCCUCAGGCCCGCGCCCUGUGUGGCCUGGAUGAGAGCAAGGCCAGGCUGUCAUCCGACGUGCUGACCGUCCUCAUCAAGCAGUACUGCCGAGAGAGUGGCGUGCGCAACCUGCAGAAGCAGGUGGAGAAGGUCCUACGGAAGUCCGCCUACAAGAUUGUCAGCGGCGAGGCUGAGUCGGUGGAGGUGACACCCGAGAACCUGCAGGACUUCGUGGGGAAGCCGGUAUUCACUGUGGAGCGCAUGUACGACGUCACGCCGCCUGGCGUGGUCAUGGGACUGGCCUGGACGGCCCUGGGAGGCUCCACGCUGUUCGUCGAGACAUCUCCAAGACGGCCACAAGAGAAGGACAUCCAGGGGGAUAAGGACGGGAGCCUGGAGGUGACGGGCCAGCUGGGGGACGUGAUGAAGGAGAGUGCCCGCAUUGCCUACACCUUCGCCAGGGCCUUCCUGAUGCAGCACGACCCCAGCAACCAGUACCUGGUGGCCUCACACCUUCACCUGCACGUGCCCGAGGGCGCCACUCCCAAAGACGGCCCGAGCGCUGGCUGCACCAUCGUCACAGCCCUGCUCUCGCUGGCCAUGGACCGGCCCGUGCGGCACAACCUGGCCAUGACAGGCGAGGUCUCCCUGACCGGCAAGAUCCUGCCGGUGGGCGGCAUCAAGGAGAAGACCAUCGCGGCCAAGCGUGCCGGAGUGACGUGCAUCAUCCUGCCUGCCGAGAACAAGAAGGACUUCUACGACCUGGCUGCCUUCAUCACCGAGGGCCUGGAGGUCCACUUCGUGGAGCACUACCGCGAGAUCUUUGACAUCGCCUUUCCUGAGGAGCAGGCGCAGGCCCUGGCUGUGGAGCGGUGAUGCUGGCCCACAGGCCCGGCCCCGGGCAGCUGAGCCGCCACAAGGCUUAGCAUCGAAGAACCUCAAUCAUGGCUUAAUCAUGGAGUUUGGCGCAUAUGAACUGUUUAUUAUGAUUAAAUACCAUUUCCAGUA